AUGUCGACACUCCAUCUCUUCACCUUCCUCCAUCCCGUCACCAAGCUCGUUUUCUUCGCCUUCCCCCGCUCCCUUGCCAAGCUCAUCUGCUUCGCCUUCGGCUAUCCCAUCGCCGAGCUCGUCCUCAAUCGCGUCUUCCGUUCCAUCGCCAAGCUCAUCUGCUGUGCCAGUCCCGAGCUCAUCUUCUACAUCUUCUACACCUUCCGCGAUCCCUUCGCCAAGCUCAGCCUCUGUUGUCACUACCACAGUGGUAAGCGUCACUACGGCUACUCCAUCGAGCUCCGCUUCCAUCGUGUCGCCCUCGUCCGCUUCUUCCAGCUCAUCCGCUUCACCGUCUCCUAUCCCAUCGCCCUCUUCAGCCUCCGUCGCUACUACCACCGUCGUAAGUGUGACUACGGUCACUCCGACACCGAGCUCCAUUCCGGCCGCAUCAUCCUCGGUCGCUUCUUCUAG